AUGCAUGACGACGAGCCUUCCUUGAAUAUACCAUCCCUCCUGACUCUGGCCGUGGUAUCCUUCUUUGUGCUCCGAUGGUUCUUUAAUCGCGACGAUAGCCCCUCUGCUAGCGGCCGACCCCGCGGACGUGGGAAUGUCGUCGAUCCAGCCCAGGUGGAGCAAAUCUUGCAGAUGUUUCCUCAGCUGAGCACCCGUGAGAUCAUGUGGGAUCUGCAGCGUAAUGGCGGCAGUGUCGCGGCGACGACAGAGAGGAUUUUGGCCGGGCGGGGCCUGGAAACUCCGCCCCCAUCAUUCCAACCCCAGGUUGUGAUUUCCACGAACAGCCCAGUCACGCAUGCUACCUCGACCACUGCCUCGACCUCGAAGGCGGACGGGCAGGACUUGAUAUCACGUUAUAAUCUGAGCGCGAGGCUCGCAAGUGAGAACGCAGAGGCGAUCUCAGCAGCGCCUUCCAAAAAUGCCUGGUCCCAGAAUAAAGAAGAGCGACAACGGCUUCUGCAGAAGCGCCGAGACGAGAUGAUCCUCGCGGCACGAAGAAAGAUGAUGCAAAAGGAGCAGGGCAAAGCUCAAUAA